AUAUAAGUAUAUUGAGCUAACUCGUGAGCCAAAUGAGUCGAGCUAAUAAUAACUUAAACUCGGCUAAUUUACUAAAUGAGUCAAAUAUUUGAGCUCAAACUUGAUUCAUUUGUAUCAUGAGUUAGCUUAUUGAGAUAAAUUUUGAGUCGAGUCUUGAGCCAGCUCACGAGUAGCUCGGCUCAUUACCAAUCCUAAUGGAGAAUGACGCUCAAUCUUGGUUUGUACACAAAUCUCAUUUAUCGACCAUGCUACACAAACAAAAUAGUAAACAACUUAAUAGACAAUUUUAAGAAAAUUACAUAUCUAACCCUCAAUGUAAAAGACAACUUUACCCUUGACUUCUUUCUCUUUCUUUCACUCUCAUCUCUCACUCUCUCUUUCACUUUCACCUCUCGGAUAUCCAUUAUCGACUUCUCACUCUCUCUUUCACUCUUACCUCUCGGAGACCCUAUUAUCAAAAUUGCAUUUCCUUUAUGCUUUCACUACAUCAUCUAUUCCUUUUGAUGUUAUAUGUUGCAAUCUUUUUUGGUAGUUUCAUUGUAUUUCUAUAUUUUUAGCUCGCUUUAGAUUUCUUACUCUUCAAUUGGUAUGCUUUUUUGCCACCAGUUUUUCACAUUUAAAAACUUCUUCCAGUGUACAAAGCACUCUAGAGAAAAAUGGACACUUAGAUAAUCCUUUGAGAAGUCCAUAACUUUUACAAGAAUUUUUGAAAUCAUGUACCAAAAAGAACUUCUCAAGGGCUUGCAUUGACAAGGAAAAGAAAUACACAGCUUUAUCUAAAUACAAAAUGACCGAACAAUCUCCAAAGAUUAAAAAGAAAAAUUUGAAGGAUCAACCUUUUUCUAGAAAACAUCAGAGAAAGGCGAAAAACCUUAUUCAAAUUCCACUGGUUUCAAAGUAAAAUUUUAAUGUUAGGCAUUCAAAUACUUGGAUUUGUAAGAAUGUUGCAUGCAGAGCUGCUUUGUCUAUGAAAAUAGGGGCAUUCAAUGGCAAAAAAGACGGUAAUGGGUGCUUCCGCCGGCUAUAAUAAGGGUUUCCUAAGUGAGUAUUUUAGAGUGAAAGAGAGAGACAAUAAGAGUAAAAGAGAGAGUUAAGAGUGUAGAUUCUACAUUUAAGAGGAUAUUCAAAAACUUGAAGUUAUUCACCAAGUUAUCCACUCUUUUGUUGGUAUAGCAUUGUCCCUCGUCCACUUCAAAAGCCUGUUUGUUUGGGAUUUGAUCAUGGAAAUGAUCCCACCUGGAAGAACUAGUGCAACUGACCCCACCUAAAGGGCCUACUCCACACACAAUGAACACGGGAAUGCAAGACCAGCUGUAUUUAUAGUGGUCUAAUGUUAAAGUUUAUCAAAGCUGACAGACAAAUCUUACAAGCGAGAGCUAGCGAACGGACGAAUGGACGGUUGUGUGCUGGUCGAGAUGGAAGCCAUGCUCGACGAGCCCGGCAAUGGUCGGAGUCAAGAAGAGAUCAAAACGUCCAUCUACAAAGUCCCUUCCUUAAUCUCAAACGGUAACGUGAAAGCCUACCAGCCCCGAGUGGUGUCGUUCGGGCCGUACCAUAACGGGGAGCCUCACCUGGCAAUGAUGGAGGCUCACAAGAAACACACUCUCAGCAACUACAUCCAAAGAUCAAGGCGAACAAUGAAAGAGACAAUGAAAGACAUCUUUGACAGCGUAAAGAAAAUGGCUCCAGAGUUGAUGGCCUCGUACGAUUCUCUACCCCCUAUGUGUCCAAAAAACAUUGAUAAAUUCGUGAAAUUGAUGAUUUUGGAUGGGUGUUUCAUGCUUGAAGUACUAAAUGUCUACCAAUGUGAAGAUUAUUAUUCCGAAAACGAUCCCAUCUUCAGUCGACAUGGGGAGUUCAAUGUCAUGCACUUGAUUAGGACUGACAUGUUGACGCUGGAGAAUCAGUUGCCAAUGUCGCUUUUGCUCGAGCUCAAAAAAUGUAUCCUAGAGAAUGAUGAUGAGCCUGACAUUGAAGACUUGAACGCGGAUAUACUCUGGUUUCUCAACAAUGACGGCCAAGACUUGAGCAACAACCCUCUGGGCGAAUGUUUGCACGUGCUUGACCUCUACCACGAGAGCCUACUACUCCACAGAGACAACGAACACGAAAAUGCAGGCCCCCAAUCUCCAGAUCAAGGAGCCGCCCCCCCAAUGUCCAGAUCAAGGAGCCCCCCCCAAUGUCCAGAUCAAGGAGCCCCCCAAUCUCCAGAUCAAGGAGCCCCACAAGGUCCAGAUCAAGGACAAAGAAAGAAAAAGACAAGCGGCCACAACGUCGUUCGCCCAGCCACAGAGCUUCGCGAGUCCGGCGUCCACUUUGAGAAAAGCGAACACAAAGAUCUCACGGACAUUACCUUCGACCCAAAGGGUGGCGUCUUGAAACUUCCCAAGUUCAUAGUUGAUGACUCUACUGAGUCAAUUUUCUUGAAUCUCAUAGCCUUCGAGCGUUGCCACCCCCCCGCUAGCAGCGACAUCACUUCGUUCGUCGAGUUCAUGGACCACAUCAUCGACGAUGGUCAGGAUAUCAAACUUUUGAGCUCGAAAGGGAUUAUCGACAACUUUAUUGGGACCGACAAAGAGGCAGCUGAUUUGUUCAACAGAAUGUCCAAGGGUUCGGGCUUUGCGAUGAACGACAAGCUUUUAAAGGCGUACGAUGCUCUCAUCAAAUACAGCAACAAGCAUAGGAAUAAAUGGCGUGCCACUCUAUUUCAUACUCACUUCAAAAACCCGUGGGCAAUUAUUUCUCUCAUUGCUGCCAUCAUUCUCUUAUCUCUUACUGCAGUGCAAACUUUCUUCACCAUCCGAAGUUAAUUUGAAGUGUUAUUUGUAAAAUUUAAUGACAUUCAUAGAUAUAUAUAAUAGAUUAACGUACGAGUAUUAUUAAAAGUCUUUUGAUUAAGCAGUUUGACCGCUUAUACACUAGUAUAGUAGGUUAUGA